CGUCCGCUCUUUGGACUCAUAUGACGUCAUACUUUGGGCGUGGUCUCCACCGGAGCCGUUACCUGAUUGGUCGCUCAGAGCCGUCCAGGGUCAGACUCAGCUGGACGGUAUAAAACCGGCAGACAAGGAGGAGACGGCACUCGCUCAUACAACGCACCAAUCAUGAACCCCCUGGUUGUCCUCAGCGCCCUGGUGGCGGUGGCCUGCGCCGCGCCCGGCCACUACAACCUGGCGGCCACCUACGCGGCGGCGCCGGCGCUCACCUCAGCGGCCGCGCUGCCGCACGCCGUCACCUACAGCCACGUGAACGCGGCCGUGCCCGGCCCGGUGCCCGACAACGGCCUGUCGCCUGGCCUGGACGCGCUGGUCAAGAAGACGGCCAUCUCGGCGGCCGGCCGGCCGGUGACGCGCAUCCAGCCGCACAUCACGCGCACCGUGCCCGAGAUCACGCACAAGCAGGUGGACGUGGCCGUGCCCGUGCCGCGGCCCGUGGCCAGGAAGGUGCCCGUGCCGGUGGCCGCGCCGUACGCCGUCACGCCGGUGGUCGAGACCACCGAGGUGGUCCAGCCCGUGGUCCAGCCCGUGGUCCGGCACGCCGUCUCCACCUACUCCGCCCCCGCCUACGGCUACGGCUACGCCGCCCCCGCCUACGGCUACGCCGCCCCCGCCUACGGAUACGCCGCCCCCGCCCAUGUCGCCGUCAGCGAGUGGUAAACGCGACGGACUGCUGCUGCUGCCAUCUUGUGGUGAAAAUUUCGAACGUGCCUUUGAGUGAGAGAGACGUUCGAAUUGUCACCGGCGCUGAAAACCAGGAGUUCUAUGUUCAUGAUUUCCCUUUUGGCCCCAUUCUGUGUUUGUCAGUCAGCUAUAUUUUUAUAUAAAUACAUGUGUAUCGCGAGAUAA